AAUAAAUAUUAUGAACAACCAUACUAAUCCAUUAUUCAACCUUGGCUACCAAGAGGACCAACAGUUGUCUCCCAACUUUUGGGACAUCGAGGUGCCAAAUCCGCAUUGGUUCGGUGGAGAUGCAGAUAUGAAGGCUGUCGAGGGUAAUAAAAAUGAGAUAGGACUUGAAGAUCCCUACAAAAACACUUUCUCCAUGCUCAAAACUUCUAUUAACUUUUCUGAUCUCACUCAAAUAACUCCAGAUGAGCAAGUUGUGCAAGCUCCUGAAAUUUUUAAAGAAGAUGACCACUCAUACCUGUUCAAGUCUGAUGAUGAAGUUACUUUGUUUGCACACGGCACUAACCCAUCAGCCAAACCCAAACAGCCUGUGACAGAACCUACUCCUACCAUCUCAAGAGAAGCCAACAGCAAGGGUCUCAAACCUGGAGCCCACUCAACCAGACAAGAUGUCGUCAACAAGACCAUUAUCAGGAGCAUCAAGCGUUAUUACUGAGAAGCCUUCGCCGAUGGUAACACCAUGAUUUAUUUCUUGCACAAGUCGGACGGUCCUAAGUGUCUCCGCAACAUCGACCAAUACUGCCUCAGCCACUUCGGACCCAAGCUUGGCAUCUUGGAAGCCGACUCAGUCUACAGUCUUCAAGACUUCUUUGACAAGAAAACCAAAAUUAAGAAAAUGGUGUUCAAAGAGAAUAUUGCUAAAUUCUACGAAAUCAAGGUCACGUUCGCAUGCAUCCUGCUCAAGAUCCCGAUGAAGAAGUGCUUCGGAUUUCCAUUCGUCAAGAAGGCUUACAACUCAAUCUAUGAAGUGCUCUACAAUUACUCGGUCCGCAAACUCGAGAAGCUGUUCGAGUGCCAAGGAAUGGUCAGCAUUUUCGAACAUUUCUGCGAAAGCGGAAUACUCGACAGACUGAUGAAGGAAGACCCAACACUGUCUUUGAACCCAGAGGGCUACCAGAAGGGAGUCCAGAGGAUCAAGGCCCUUUGCAAAGCUUAG